AGUAGCAUAUUCUUCUUGUUUUUCUCGGUAGAUGAGUAUAAGUCCAACUUAAACUUCUACAGCAUCAGAAACUGAAGGAAAUUCGUGUUAUAAUCUUCCUUUAUAGCACUCAUAUGUAGCUAGAAGAAAUGCAGCCUCAUAUGAACUUUAACGGUGCUGCUCCCGGCAGCAUUGAUUUUAUCCCUAACGUUGCUGGUGGCGUACAACCCGGGCUCGGGCCUGGUGCAUCUACUAGCGGACUUCCAGCUAGGUUUGCUGGAUUAAACGGAGGAGCUGUUCCCAGUCAGCCGCCAGCGGCUGCAGCUGCAUUUCCGGGCGGUGGAGUACUAUCGCAAGCAGGCGGGCUCCCAGCCGGCUUGUUGCAAGCUUCUGGUGGUGGCCUCGUUCCACCAGCAUCCGGAGGAGGUCUAGCAAGACCUGCUGAACCAGGUAGACCUCCGAUAAAUUAUCAACACCUUUAUGGCAGUGGAGGUGCUGCGGGAGGUCGAGGAGCAGGAGCUGGCGUUGGACUCGUUGGAGUCCCUACAGGCUUGACAGCGCCAAGUGGCUUAGUCGGAGGUGUGCCAGCGGCUGGGCUUCUAGGUUCUGCCGGACUAAUACCGGGAAUGAUGACGGGAAGAAACAACGGCCUCGCACCAACAGGAUUGGAGUCUAUGGCAGACCCAGCAAUAAACCCAGGACUCUACGAAAACCACCAGUUGCUCAGCAGCGCACGGCAAAUCAGCUUUGCGGCAACGGAGCUCACAUUUUAUCAAAAUCUUCACUCGAUGGUGCAAGGUGCAGAUCCAAUUUCGGGAGAAAUUCAGGUUCAUCCUAUUCCAGAUUUACAUUUUGUUUAUACUUACUUGAUAGAUGCUGGUGGCACGUGGAAAAAUUGCAAUCUUCGCUGUUGGCCCUCACUUUUAACUGAAUACUAUUCCAUGAUCAUCAUCGAGAUCGUACUCAACCACUAUCCUCAUGAUUUAUUUCAAAUCUAGGGUGGUGAUGGCGCCGCAUUCCUUGCAAAGAGUGGCCUGCCAAAAAGUAUGUUGCAUCAGAUCUGGCAACUAGCCGAUAUCAACGAAACAGGGAAGCUGAAUGUAGAAGAAUUCUACAUCGCUUUGAGGCUAGUGGCUCAUGCACAGAACCUCGGUUUGGUGCACCCAGAAUUGAUUCAUACGGUACCUGAUUAAAGAUAUACUAUAUGGGAUGAAAGAAAAAAUGCUAUUUAUACUUUGUCCGCGACAUUUUGGUUGCUUGCGGUACUAUGAUGGUGGGAUGAAGACCGCCUUUCUUCGCCUUCGUUUUUCUAUUCGAUGCAUAAUUCAAACCUGGCAGAACUACAAGGUUCCUUAUUACGUGGCUUAUGCAACAACAACGAGUGAUUCUUCUUGUUGAGGCCGAAAAAUUAUCUUGGUCUCCAAAUCUCACAGGAGCCGCAAACACUUCCGAGCUUCGAAGGUCUAGGCCCACGGAGGUCUGUGUCGGAGUGCUCAGGUAUAUUAUCAUGAUCAUUUAAUUUUCGAAAUAAAUGAUGAUGCUAAUUACAAUUCUUGUUUGUUUGUAUUGAUGCGCUCCAGGCAACGCGCACGAUCUCGCCGGAUUUCUUUGCGCUAAUCGCAAUUCUUACGUCAGCUGCAAUCGUUCUUCGGCAGCAUGUAUUUCGAACUUCUUUAAGUCUAUCUUUUUUCAAUCUCAUCGAUCCUGUGACUGUGUGACCACAUGACGACUUCUAGGCCGUGCUAAUUCAACAACAGACCCCGACACAGCGAAUACUAGUGUAGUCGCCGCUGGCGAGGGCGAACUAGAUGUGCUGGGGACGAACAUCGAUCCUCAAAAAAUUCUUGAGAGUAGCGCGAGGCGUGAGGAGCAGCACGACUUUCUCGCAAAGGCACAGCACAGCAUGAAUUUUAACGUUACUGAGCAGACGUUGUACCAGAAAAUAUUCGAAACUCUGGACCCAGAGAAUGGAGAGAUCACCGGCAGCAACAAAAAGGUAUCCGAGUUCUUGGAGUCGAGUGGAAUUCCAAGGCACAUUCUUCACGAACUCUGGGCCACAGCGGACGAGGAAGGGACGGGCAAGCUGAAUAGGCUGCAGACCUUCAUCUUGUUGCGGCUCAUUGCCCAUUCGCAGGCUGUGGAGAAUGGCAUGGUCGAUUUUCUUGAGUUUCGUCUUUGUUUAGCAAUCUAAUAUCGGAUGGUAUAAGCUGUUCACCAUGUAAGUUAUACGAGUGCUGUUCUAAACGUGCGUGUAUUUAGUCGUCUCUAUAAGUAUAAUCUAUCUUCAAUUUGUCUCCGCCGGUGCAAUUCUACACACAAAUCAUACUCAUAGCUGUAUCACAAAUACCCCCACAGCCGUCACCGGAUGUGCAGUUUGUGGAGCCCCCGUCGUUGCCGCUAUUCGAUCCUAGCACUGUCCUGGGACUAGGGACAGCAAUAUCGGCACCGAGUUUGCAACGCGCUGGAGCUUUUUCUAAGGCCAGAGUAUUUUUAGUAUGUGAAGCUUCGGACGAAGAAAUAGAUAUAGAGAGUGCGAGGAGAACUACAAUAAAACAUUCAGUUUCAUUUUGAUGGUCCUCAUCAGGAUACAUUAGGUAAGGAAAAUUCACUUAUGCUAACAUAGGUUUGAUUUAGUUUUUGGUUUGGCUUGCCUCUAGCUCUAACUUUGACUGUGAACCGAUGACAAAGAAAGAUAAGAAGAAAUAUGCAGCCAUCUUCGCAAAGACUGACGAGAACAGCGAUGGUUUUGUCGAGGGUGACGAAGCAAAGCUGCUUAUGCAAAGAUCAAAACUUCCGAACGAAUUUCUAGCGUUGACAUGGCAGCUCUCUGACCACGACAACGAUGGAAGGUACUAUCAUGGUGUAGAAAUCGAGGCGCGUUUUGUUUCAUCCAAUUCAAAUGGAUUUCCUUUCCGUGCUCCUGCUCCUCGCGUUACUGUUAGUGAACUGAAAGUCGUUUGCAGUGUCGAGUAGAAUUGUGAGGUCCUGUUUUUCGUUUCUCAUUCUCCCUCAGCGCGUGAUGCACCUCACCGAGUUCAUGUAAGUACAAGACAACUAGGAGAUCUCCUCAUUAACCCGGACUUCUCCAGAUUGAACUUGGCAGAAUUUCUCGUGGCGAUGCAUUUGAUCACGCGAUGUAAAAAGGGAGACUUUCGGCCAGAGGAAUUGGCCGACUUGCCUUCAAUUGAAGAUGUCAUGCCCGCGCACUUGGAGACUAUAUUAACAACUGACAGUGAUGUAAUCGCCAGCGAGAUUUUCGGCAAGAAUCUGGACACGGAGCAGGUGACUCCAUCGUCAUCGGUCGCGGUGAACCAGCCCUCACUUGACGGGGCGGCGCUGCCGACAACGCCAGGCGCAUUAACUCCGCAGCUGGAGUCCCUCGUAGCUCGGAGUCCAGAGAUAUCCUACUUGCAGGCUGCCGCGGCAAACGCUGGCACGGUUCCCACACCCCAGAAUCAGCGGUCUGCGGCCCAAGGUUUGCCUACGACUUCGAAUCCAGCGGUCGUGGCAGGUGUAGCAGGCUCAGCGGCAUCUGCGAGUGCGUCCGCACCUUUUUCGAACAUCAUAGCUGGUGUCGGACCGGCGUCUUCGAGCAGAGCGUCACCGAAGGGAAGCAGCAGGGUCGCUUUUCUAGGCUCCUCUGGUGCGGCAGCCUCGGCGAAGCAAGUGACUCCACCGUCAUUUGUGGACCAGAGAGCGCCUCCUUCUGGCAUAGCGUCAGCGGCUGGCCUCCCACCGGAAACGGGGAAAGAUCCUAACCUGCCAAGCAGCAUCGCUUCAACCGGCGCCCGCUCAGCAGGCCUCGAACGAUUACCGCGCUUCGGUGCAGGCACAGGACCAGAGGAAACGGUGUCUGCCACCUACUUAGAGGACAUUGCCGAAGCGGACAAACGGCUGGCGCGACGGGCACAACAGGAGGUUGACGCAAUGUUACGGCCAUUACUUAUUUUACUUAGAGUUCUAGCCUUACUCACGUCGGGGAUUAUCCGACUUUGCUCGUGAGGCAGUUGUAAAAGAUCAUGAUCGUGUAGCUAAUGCCUAAGAAAUUUUCUUUUCCAUGUUGCAUUCAAAGGACUCUAGGUCUCGACUCACUAAUCAGUGAAGAAACGUUGCGAACUUUGAACGAUAAAUUCGAGAUGUUGGAGAGGGACGUGCGAAGUGCGCAACGCGAGAUCGAACGCAAAUCAGAGCAGAUAGCAGAGCGAGAACGCGAAAAGGGCUUUCUGAAGCAACGUCUCAACACCCUUGUGGAAGAAAGAAGAGCCCUGACAGUGUCAGCAUUCAGCGCGAGUAGCACUAGCAGAAAGGUAAUCGUUGUUCAGAUAUAAAAUUUCGAUCUGAGAUUCUUAGAUCUAAGCCCUUCUGAACCCGUAAAGGUAAAGGAUCUCCUGGGUACAAGACAGCAUUAUUUUUAUACGAAAGUGUGGAGGCGAGCAAGAGUAGUACGAAUGUUUAUGCGUUGAUUUUGUCAUCAGUCAUGCAUUGCCAUUCUCGCUGUCAUGGCAGGGUUAUUUCGCGGACGAAACCGCUUACCUGGAGGAAGCCAUUCAAGGGCAGGUGUACUAUUUAGAGAAUGCAAAGGAGGCCAAUGUCAUGCUUGAGAAGCAGUUUCACCAGGCAGAUGCGCACUUAGAGCAGUUGGAGAGGCAGCGGCGGGAACUCGAGAAGGAAUCCACAAUGGAGAAGGAAGCGCUAAAAAGAGAAGAGCGUGAAAACAGUACGUUGAAGAUAACGUUGGACACUCUCCAGCGGAAAAUUAGUGUAGUGAAUACCAAUUUGGCCCUGCAGCAAGCUGAAGGCAGCGGAGCGGGGGCGAUUCUGACGACAGUGCCGAACUUGGGCGCGCAGCGUUUUCCCGUUCCGUCGUCUUCUGGUAAUAUAGGAAGCGGCGGAUUUUCUUCGGGGGAAUUCGAAGCCUCUAGAGCUGCGGCCGCAGGCUUUGGUGCAGAGAGUGCCGCAAGCAUUAGACCUCCUCCUUCUACGUCUGCAGCAGGCGGGGUCGGAUCUGGUGCGGACUUCGGACCAGGCGCAGGGAGUAGUCGGAAAGAGGCUUCCGAAGAACUCGCUGCGAUGGGCGGGCACUCUUGGUCAGGCUUUCUCAUCGGAGACAAGACUGAAUCAGGGGUUAAGGAGCAGCCCACAACUGGUGCAGCAAAGCCACGGUCGGUGCUACCGCGUGUAUUCGAGCGCGAAGGUGUUUGAUGAAAUGUCUACAAAACUCUCCACAAGUUCAUAGUUUUUCCAAUCGCAUUAUAUUUAUAAUACGACCUUUCCAUCAAGAACAAGUUGAUACUUUCGAAUCGUACACAUGUUGGCGGCAACGCCGCCGACCAAGGGAAUCACAAGCAUGUUUAAGAAAAGAAUUCUUAGAAGGCUUAGCUAUAAUUUGUUUUUUUUUUGAAUUUGAUCCCCUUUGUUUCGUUGAGUAGAGAGCAAAAUAACGCGAAUAGAUACACUAUGUUUAAUAAUGGAAACACUUUAUUAUGAACUAGUCGGAAGGAUAGAUACUACGCUUCAGAUCAUUCUUGAUAUCGUAGUUGAAGAUAUUGUCAAAUAUUGCAAGGUCAGCGUAAACGUAAUGAACAAAAAACGACAGAGUCGCUAAAUUUUUGUAUUCUUUUUUGCGACACGUCAACGCAAAGAAAGUGCGAAUGAAGCUCUGUUGAGGCUUCUGCUAGUAUAUCUCCA